CCUCAUUAUGCGUUUGUUGAUAUCCUUGUGGUUUUUAACGAUUUGUGCAGCGUUGCUAAUUCACGAGCAACAAGCAACCACUUCUCCUGUUGCUUCUGAUGAGAUUUUCUUUCAUGACGACGUCGAUUCGGCGGAAGAGUUGCAAACGCCCCGGAAUUGCGAGGAUGCGAUAAAUCCGGAAUUGAGUGCUCGAGAAAAUGUCCCGGUACCGAUUGGCAGCUACAAUUUUGAAUGGGCGGGAUUCGAGCACAAAAAUAAUCGAGCUCUGGAAGUUAAUUUGCAGCAAUUGGAGAAACGGAGUCAACACGAUCAAAGGGGUUAUUUGAAGCAUGUUCAUCUGUAUCCGCCGUCGUGUGCGUGUCAAACACAGUUCCGUUUAUUCGAUUUGGGUCACAACACAUUUCCGCGAUUUCUCGCAUACGCCUAUUGCAUUAAUCGUGAAGAAGACAGUCGCAAAUGCUGGCUCGGCUCAAAGUGCAAAGAAAUUCCUUACAUUGUACGAGUCCUCACAAAAAGAGAAAAUGAAAAUGUUCACGAUGACGAGAUGGCUAAUUUACUUCCGCACGACUUGAAAUCGACGUGGAAAUUCAAAAAUGUGAAAGUUUCGGCGGCAUGCCAGUGCGCUUUGUGAAAAAAAAAUUAAAAUAUUGGAAAAUUUUGUGAAA